AUGACAGUCCAGGUGCAGGGUCACAGGAGAGACAAUGACACAACAGGUGUAGGCGGACACAGGAGAGACAAUGACACAACAGGUUUAGGCGGACACAGGAGAGACAAUGACAGUUCAGGGUUAGGCGGACACAGGAGAGACAAUGACAGUUCAGGGUUAGGCGGACACAGGAGAGACAGUGACAGUACGGGUACAGGCGGAUACAGGAGAGACAGUGACAGUACAGGUGUAGGCGGACACAGGAGAGACAUUGACAGUACAGGUGUAGGAGGACACCGGCGAGACAAUGACAGUACACAGAGUGUACUGUAUUUAUCCGGCAAGUCUCCCGGCUGGUGUGGGCCUGCCCUGGCUGCAGGUAAGUCUCGUAGCAGGCGGGGCAGCGGCGUUGCAUUGGAGACACCAGACGAUUCAAAACAGUCUGGGGUUGCUGGUCCAAAUGUCAAUGAAAGAUUGGGCCAACUGAGGGAGCAUUACGGGCUGGUUCUGGUGCUGUCUCUCCAUCUCAUCCCUGACAUGUUCUAUGGGGGAGAGGUCUGGUGA